UCUGGCGUCGGGUGGUCCGUGCGCCCGGGGUUUCCCGAGAGAUGCCCGUCACCUUGGAGGAUGUGGCAGUGAGUUUCACCCAGGAAGAGUGGGAAUGCCUGGGUGCCAGUCAGAGGGCCCUCCACCGUGAUGUUAUGUCCGAAACCUUCCGGAACCUAGUGUCUGUGGCCAAAAUAUUUAUGCUGAAACCAGGUCUGAUCGCGAAGCCUGAGGAAGGAGAGAGGCAGAGGAGAGCAGAUCCCCAUUCCCCACGCGGAGAAGCCCUCCCUUCAGGAAGCAAGAGGAAACAAUGUCAAGAGCCUGGUCAGACUCUGGAAGAUGCUGGGGCCGGUGACAGGAAGGGCCCCUGUGCUCACAGAGGGCCCGGCCAGAGCCCACCCUCGGCUCUGGCUGGGUCCCAGGACAGGAGCGCGGUGUUCCAGGCACCCCAGGGUGGGCUGCCCUUUUCCUGCCACACCUGUGGCAAGGGUUUCAACAAGAGCUCCUACCUCCACAGCCACCAGUUUGUCCACAGCCCCAGGAAGGCCAACAGCUGUGGUCAGUGUGGGAAGCUGUUUCGAAACCCCAAGGCCCUGAGCUACCACAGGCGCAUGCACCUCGGGGAACGGCCCUUCUGCUGCUCGCUGUGUGACAAGACCUACUGUGAUGCCUCUGGACUUAGCCGUCACCGCCGUGUCCAUCUGGGCUAUCGGCCCCAUUCGUGCCCCGUGUGUGGGAAGGGCUUUCGGGACCAGUCAGAGCUCAAACGUCACCAGAAGAUUCACCAGAAUCAAGAGCCAGCAGCUGGAAACCCCACGAGCAUUGUUGGGAUUCCAGGCUCUGCAGUGGGGUUCCAGGCUCCCAUCCUCAGGGGCCAGCAGUCCCAACAGGGGCUUGUGGAUGUGAACCAUGCACCAGCAGCCAGGACCCAGCGCCUUGUGUGUAGAACUAAGGGUCCUGGGGCCCAGACCCAGGUACCUGAACCUAAGAGUCAAGCACCAGUGACCAGGAGCCGGGUGCCCAGCGCCAGGGGACCCUGCCUGGAUAGCAGACCCAGCUGUCUGCCAGUGAAGCCCUCAAGACGCAAGGUCUUCUCUUGCCCACACUGUCCUGUGACUUUCAGCAGGAGGGCCUACCUCUCCAGGCACCAGGAGGCGCACCUCAGGGAGCAGCUGCUCCGCUGCUUCCACUGUGGCCAGGCCUUCAGCUCCUCCUCCAGGCUGGCCCGCCACCAGCAGACCCACUGGAGGCAGAAGGUCUACCGUUGUCCCAUCUGUGAGCUCUGCUUUGGGGAGAAAGAGGGCCUGCUGGACCACUGGAAGGGCUCUCAGGGCAGGGGACAGUGCCCGGGGAGCCCCCAGGAGUGCCGGCUGGUCCUGGGCCAGUGGCUUGGCUUCUUUCACGACGCCACCUCCCCUGUGGCCGGGAAGGAUUGGAAACAUGGAGGAAACAGAGCUUUUAGGGUCCAUACCCUCAGGAGAGGGGAGGUAAGGGAGAAAGUGUGCACAGGAGACAGGCAAAGGGGGCAGUGAGGGUCCCGGAGCAUAAAGGAAGGCCCUCUGGUGAGGUCUUUCCUUGUGCUAGUUUCCCUGAGGACUGAGCUGCGGGCAUCGGGCAGCCUGGAUAGAGGGAGAGAGGUGAAGCGGACAGCAAGGAAGAGGGAGCAGAAAUGUGCACACGGAAAGUCGUGUUGCUGUUAAUUAACACCUAGCUGUUUCUGUGUGUCUGAUAGACCAUCAAGUAGUGGUUGUUUUUU